AUAUCGACAACAGUUUUUUAUGCUAUUUUGUUAUUAUUGCAUUUUGAUUUCUUCUCCCAUUCGAGUUCAAAAUAAAACGGUCAAAUGCAUCAUUCAACGAGCAGUAGGUAAACAAUUAGCCGCACAACAUGCAGAUAUUAGAGGCAAAUAAGACGAUGAUUCUUUUUCUGAUCGGGUUGACAAGCGUGUGCGUGUGGGUAUUAGUUUGUAUUGCCUUUACAUUAACAUUCACCUACACCCAGAACGAGUUUUAAACUUUUCAAAAAUGACAUUUUGAGUUUUUUAACCAAGAAAUUUUUUCAAAAAAUAUCAAUGACAAAACGUUUUAUGCAGAAUUUUUUACUUUUGCAGCUAUAAGGACAAUUUAUAGACUCUUACACAGUUGCUAACUCACUGUGCCCGUUGAGCUUCCAUAUAGAUGUAUCGAUUUCGUUCUGGUGUAUAACGACUAGUUAAAAAUACAAGACUGAGACUAAUAAAAAUUAAAUCAGCCUGAUCAUGUUAGGCGUCUCAAAAAUAAUGGAGAAAAAACUGUGCUUCAGUGUUAUCAAAAACGUUAAAACGUUACGUUUUGGUUGUUGCAUUAUUUUAUCUAAGCAAAAAUGGUUUAGAGAAAACAUUUUUAAUGUUAAAAGCUCGGAUAAAGCGCUACAAACCUAGCUCUAGACGUGUUUCAUUUGGAGAAAUAGUUUCAGAAGAGGUUGCAGUUUAUUAGUGGUCCUAAAGAAAUAGGGUCUUUUUGGAUAACAGCAUCAAGCAAUUAAAAAUCCUCGUUACCAGCUUGAGGCUUUAUCAGAAAAUAGUCAUUUUUAUAGUGUACACAUAACACGACAAGUUGCAUCAAAUGAUGUUCGAACGAACUUUCUAACUCUCACAGCUUCCGAGAUAAUACUUUGUUUGAAAAUCUUUUACUUAAAAUGGCCAUUUAUUCUCAUUUAAUUCUUUUGAUAGUUGGAAACGGAAUUGUACUUAAAUAGAUUCCCUGUAAACCAUUCGAGGACUAUAAAAGAAUCACUAGAUAUCGGAUCGAUUUGUUUACAAAAACAUUAAAAUUUUACUUAAAAAGCCUUUUUUUUGGCAAUAUUCCACUUUUUUCCCGUUUUUAUAGAAAAUAUAGGACGAAUCCGAGACUAAGAUAAGACGGUGCGAGUGGUUCGGCUCUGAAUCUUACACUCUAAGACGCUAAGCCAUUUCGAACCGAACUUAUACUCGUUCAUUAUCAAGUAUGUUCAGAUCUAUCACUACAAGUCAACUAAAUUUUUUCGAAUUAUAAAUGCUCAUUGAAGUCUUUUUCAAAAGACUAACAAGUCGAUAAAAUAUCGGUCUCUCGUCAAACCUCUGCAUUACAUUAGAUAUGAGAAAAUGAGGAACAAAUCUUCAACAAAAAUUAUCAAAUUCGAAUAAAAUUAAUACAAUAUCUAGGGUGUAGGCUGUGCGUGUUAGUUGUGUCGUUGCCCAUAGCUAAACUGAAACUCACACCCACACCCACCCACACCCCUAUGACAGCCUCGAAUUCGAUUUAUAAAAUUUAUAUUUAGGACAAAUUUUCUCUUUUGCUGUUUCGUUCAACUAUAUGAGUGUCGAAUUUUUUAUUUUCGAAUCGAAUUUGUGUAGUUGAACCUUCAUUUAUAUUCGAAUUCGAAUUAAGCAUCUCAUGCAAAUCUCUGUUCGUUUAACUGCAACUUUAAACUUAAAGUUAAAGUACAUUAACUUAAAUAUUAAAGUAUAAAAGCUUAGUGUUUUAGUAUAAUUAAAGUUUAAAGUGUUUUAACUUUAAUACUCUUUUUAAGUGUUUUCAAGUUAAACUGCCACUCCUACUAUUAGCUUAAGAAUACAAGACAAUAUCGACCAUAAAAUCACAAAAAAGAAAUAUAUUGGAUUAUUUAAGUUUCGAAAAAACAUUUAUAUUUAGCUGCUGUGAAAUUUUACCAUUCCAACAGUCGAAUCGUCAAAGUUAAACUGUACCUACAUUUACCAUCUUUAAAUAUUUCAUCUGUACAACUCGUGAGCUUAUCCUUUUUUAUUCUUUACGGAACCGGACUAUGAAUAGAAACUUUUUGGAUGUCAAUGAAUUCAAGACACGAAUCGAAUAGGCACAGCUGCAGCAUAAUGAAUAAUAAUAACCCACACACUAUCCGAAGAAGUUCACUUCUUCUUUUCAAGAUUACAUGAUCAAUAGAAAAAAUAAUAAGACAAGUUGAUAUCAUCAACAUAUCUUUUAUGAAGGUAUUUGUUUUACAUAUAAAGAUACAUCGACAAUCAGUUUCAUUUUUCAUUGUAUUUCGCCGUCAAUAUUGCUCAUAGAGUAUAUAAUAACGUAGUAUAAUCUAUCCGUUGCUCUCUCAUUUGAUACAUUCUUUCCACAUAGUCGAUUGAACUGUCUGGCUAUUAUCAUCUUUUAUACAAAUGAACAUUCAUACACAUUUCGAAGAUUUAUCAAAUGAGAUUUUCUUCGAAAUAUUUGAUUAUUUACAUGCACUUGAUGUUUUUACUGCGUUUGCUUCAUUGAAUGAACGAUUUUUGUCUAUUCUACAAUCCAUUCCAUUCCAUAUUAGCAUUUUAAACACAUAUUAUGACUGAGACAUUGCUUUUCUUUCAUCACAUCUCACUUUUCAUGCUCAUCAAGUCCUAUCACUAAAAUGUUAUGAUACAAUUCGUGAUCGUUCAUCUAUUAUUAGUUUACUAUUUCAACGACAUAAUUUUAUUAAUCUUCAAUCAUGUCAAUUUAUUUCAGUUAAUCCAUCAACUGAACUUGAUAAUGUUAUUAAACAAGUUGAAAGUUUGAAUAGACUUGUUUCUUUUUCUAUCAUACAACCAUCGACUGUAAAUACCAAUGAGAAAAACCAAUCGGAUAUAACUCGAACUGUAUUCAUGAGCAAAUCAUCUUCUCUUCGUUCAGUUAUGCUUCGUUAUAAUUAUGCUUACUUGGACUUGUCAACUUAUACUUCAAUUGCUCCGAAUCUUAUAUCACUUGAUUUGUUAAUAUCUGGCUCACCGAAUACAGUAUCAGUAUAUUCAAUCUUGCCAAUUCUUCGUGUUUGUCAUAGAAUACGAUAUCUCCAUGCCAUCAUAAAACAUGAAAUUCCAUCUGAAAAUAAUAAUGUAAAUAUUUCAAUUCAAGAAGCAUUUAUUAAUGAAAAUGAUCUUCCUAUAUCACCACAAGUGACAUCCUUCGAUUUAUCGAUUUUUACUACGUGUGACACUCGUUCAAUCGCUUAUAUCUUACGUUGUUUGCCUAAUCUUCUUCAUUUUAAGUUUUUUCAUGAAUCGCCAGAAGUAGUCUAG